UGGUUUUAACUUUGGUGAAGCAGGAGAUGAAAUGACCCGUGUCAUUUGGAAAUUAAUCUAGGAUAAGCUCAUCUUUCCCUUUGUGGAGUUGGAUAUAAAAUAAUUCGAUCUUGGCCUUCCUCACCGUGAUGCCACGGAUGAUAAGGUUACAAUUGAAAGAGCUAAGGCUAAUGUAGCAAUUAAGUGUGCAACCAUCACUCCAGAUGAAGCUCGUAUGGAGGAGUUUAACUUGAAGUGUAUGUGGAAGAGACCAAAUAGGAAUAUUCUAAAUGGUAUGGUAUUCAGGGAACCAAUCCUCUGCAAAAACAUCCCUCGACUUGUCCCAGGUUGGUCAAAACCGAUAUGCAUUGGCAGACAUGCUUUUGGUGAUCAAUAUCGAGCUACUGAUACAGUAAUUCAAGGAGCUGGAAAACUCAAAUCAGUAUUUGUACCAAAAGGGAUGGAUCAAAAGAUCGAGUUCGAGGUUUGCAACUUCGCUGGUUCUGGUGGAGUAGCUCUAUCCAUGUACAACACGGAUGAGUCUAUUUGUUCUUUCGCUGAAGCUUCUAUGAACAUGGCUUACCAAAAGAAAUGGCCACUAUAUCUCAGCACAAAGAAUACCAUCCUUAAGAAAUACGACAAAAGAUUCAAGGACAUAUUCCAGGAAGUUUAUGAGUCAAACUGGAAGUUGAAGUUUGAAGAAGCUGGGAUCUGAUGACUACUUCUUCUG